AUGUGGCUCUUGGAAAAAGUUGGCUACAGAGUGGGCACCGCGGAAUCUGGGACCUGGUGGGCGCCCUCCAACUUGUUCCCUAAGCGCAAAGCCCCUGGCCCGCCCGCCCACGCCUGCCCCAACAUCCUCACCCCCGACCGCAUACCGCAAUUCUUCAUCCCGCCUCGGCUCCUGGACCCAGGGAGCGCCGAACCCCUGAUCGGGAGCGAGGCAGGUGGGCGAGGGCUCCCUGCCGGGUGUUCUUUGCCGCACCUGGCGGGCCGCGAAGGCUGGGCCUUCCUGCCUGAGAGCCCGCACACGCGCCGGCGCGAGUCCCUAUUCCACGCACCGUUGCCCGCGCCCGCCGUGGGACGCCCCCCAGUGCAGUCCCGGCUGUGCGUCUCCGCCCCGGACCUGCGCCUUUGCCGCGCCCCGGACAGCGACACCGCCUCGUCGCCCGACUCGUCUCCCUUUGGCUCCCCGCUGCCGGGCCCUGGCCGAGUCCGGUCGCCCAGGCCGCACUCGCUGUCCCCGGAGGAAGCGAGCUCGGCCGACACGAGCCCGUAUGCGCCACGCCGCGCAGGGCCGCCCACGCCACCGCUCUUCCACCUCGACUUCCUGUGCUGCCAGCUGCGGCCCACCAAGGAGAGCGUGCUGCGCCUGGGACCCCGCGGCGGGCAGCUGCGGCUCUCGGCCGAGUACCUGGCCGGGCCCAGGCGGCUACGGCUGCGCCUGGUGAGCGCCGAGGGCCUGGCCAGGCCGCGGCCAAGCCCCGGGAGUGGCGGAGGCGGCUGCUGCGUGGUGCUGAGACUGCGGCCGCGUGUGCGGCCCCGGGGCCAGCGCAGCCGCGUGGUCAAGUGCAGCGCCAACCCCAUCUUCAAUGAGGACUUCUUCUUCGACGGGCUCUGCCCACCAGACCUGGCUGCGCUCAGUCUGAAAGCCAAGGUGCUGGACAGGGGCGCUGGGCUCCGCAGGGACGUGCUUCUAGGGGAGUGCGAGAUGCCCCUCAUUGCCCUGCUGCCCCCCUUGGGUGGAGGGUUAGGCCCAGGGACCUCCCUAGCGCCCACCCACCUCAGCCUCUAG